AUGCCGCGCGGGGCCGCCUGGGCGCUGCUCUUGGCCGCGGCCCUGGGGCUCGGGGCGCGCGGGGUGCGCGGCGCGGUGGCCCUGGCCGACUUCUACCCGUUCGGCGCGGAGCACGGCGACGCUGUCACCCCCAAACAGGACGACGGCGGCUCGGGGCUGCGGCCGCUCUCCGUGCCCUUCCCGUUCUUCGGCGCCGAGCACUCCGGACUCUACGUGAACAACAACGGGAUCAUCUCCUUCCUGAAGGAGGUUUCUCAGUUCACCCCCGUGGCCUUCCCCAUUGCCAAGGACCGCUGCGUGGUGGCGGCCUUCUGGGCGGACGUGGACAACCGGCGUGCAGGCGACGUGUACUACCGGGAGGCCACCGACCCGGCCACGCGGCGCAGAGCCACGGAGGACGUCAGACGCUACUUCCCCGAGCUCCCAAACUUCUCCGCCACCUGGGUUUUCAUCGCCACCUGGUACCGCGUGACCUUCUUUGGAGGCAGCUCCUCCUCCCCCGUCAACACCUUCCAGACCGUGCUCAUUACGGACGGCAAGUUCUCGUUCACCGUCUUCAACUACGAGUCCAUCACAUGGACCACAGGCACACACGCCAGCAGCGGGGGCGAUGCCAGUGGCCUGGGGGGCAUCGCGGCCCAGGCCGGCUUCAACGCGGGAGACGGGCGGCGCUACUUCAGCAUCCCCGGCUCGCGCACGGCGGACAUGGCGCAGGUGGAGAGCAGCACCAACGUGGGCGUGCCCGGGCGCUGGGCGUUCAGAAUCGAUGAUGCCCAGGUGCGCGUGGGGGGCUGCGCCCAUGCAACCUCUGUGUGCCUGGCCCUGCGCCCGUGCCUCAACGGUGGGAAAUGCAUUGAUGACUGCGUCACGGGCAACCCCUCCUACACCUGCUCCUGCCUCUCAGGGUUCACAGGGAGGAGGUGCCACCUGGACGUGAACGAGUGUGCUUCCCACCCAUGUCAGAACGGUGGCACCUGCACCCACGGAGUCAACAGCUUCAGCUGCCAGUGCCCGGCUGGCUUCGGGGGACCCACCUGUGAGACAGCAAAAUCUCCAUGUGACGCCAAAGACUGUGCGAAUGGCGGGCGGUGCCAGGCGGUCAGCGGCUCCGCGGUGUGCGUGUGCCCGGCGGGCUACACCGGCAUCGCCUGCGAGACGGAUGUGGACGAAUGCGGCUCCAGCCCGUGUCUGAACGGAGGCUCGUGUGUGGACCUCGUGGGGAACUUCACCUGCCUGUGCGCAGAGCCCUUCGAGGGACCGCGCUGCGAGGCAGGGAGCCCGCCGGUGCCCGACGCCUGCCUCUCGGCCCCUUGCCAGAACGGCGGCACCUGUGUGGACGCAGACCAGGGCUAUGUGUGCGAGUGCCCCGAAGGCUUCAUGGGCCUCGACUGCCGGGACAGAACCCCUGAUGACUGUGAGUGCCGAAACGGUGGCAGAUGUCUCCGGGGCAACACCACCUUCUGCCAGUGCCCCCCGGGCUUCUUUGGGCUCCUCUGCGAAUUUGAAGUCACAGCCACGCCCUGCAACAUGAACACCCAGUGUCCCGACGGUGGCUACUGCAUGGAGUAUGGCGGGAGCUACCUGUGUGUCUGCCACACUGACCACAACAUCAGCCACUCGCUGCCGUCGCCCUGUGACUCGGACCCCUGCCUCAACGGCGGCUCCUGUGAGGCCCAGGAUGACUCCUACACGUGCGUGUGCCCGCGCGGGUUCCACGGCGCGCACUGCGAGAAAGCCCGACCGCGCCUGUGCAGCUCGGGGCCCUGCAGGAACGGGGGCACGUGCAAGGAGGUGGACGACGCAUACCAGUGCAGCUGCCCCUACCGCUUCACCGGGAGGCACUGCGAGAUCGGGAAGCCGGACUCGUGCGCCUCGGGCCCCUGUCACAACGGUGGCACCUGCUUCCACUACAUCGGCAAAUACAAGUGUGACUGUCCCCCAGGCUUCUCUGGGCGGCACUGUGAGAUAGCUCCCUCCCCCUGCUUCCGGAACCCCUGUGUGAACGGGGGUACCUGCGAGGACCUGGGCACAGAUUUCUCCUGCCGCUGCCGAGCAGGGUACACAGGACGCCGGUGCCAGGCUGAGGUGGACUGCGGCCCCCCUGAGGAAGUGAGGCAUGCCACCCUGCGCUUCAAUGGCACGCAGCUGGGCUCCGUGGCGCUGUACUCGUGUGACCAAGGCUACAGCCUGAGCGCUCCCAACUCCAUCCGGGUCUGCCAGCUGCAGGGCGUCUGGAGCGAGCCCCCCCAGUGCCAUGAAAUUGACGAGUGCCGAUCCCAGCCGUGCCUCCACGGGGGCUCCUGCCAGGACCGAGUCGCCGGGUACCUGUGUGUCUGCAGCCCGGGGCGCGAAGGAGCCCACUGUGAGCUGGAGACAGGUGAGUGCCAGGUGCAGCCCUGCCGAAACGGAGGCUCCCACAGGGACCUCCCGGGGGCCUUUGCAUCCCAGUACCCCGCAGGCUUGGAUGGAGUCCACUGUUCUCCAGAGGUGGACGCCUGCGACUCCAGCCCCUGCCAGCACGGAGGCCAGUGUGAGAACGGUGGCGGGGCCUACCUGUGCGUCUGCCCAGAGGGCUUCUUCGGCUACCACUGCGAGACAGUGAGUGAUCCCUGCUUCUCCAGCCCCUGUGGGGGCCGUGGUUACUGCCUGGCCAGCAACGCGUCCCACACCUGUACCUGCAAAGUGGGCUACACGGGCAAGGACUGCGCCAAAGAGCUCUUCCCACCAACGGCCCUCAAGGUGGACCGAGUGGAGGAGAGCGGGGUCACCAUCUCCUGGCACCCGCCCGAAGACCCGGCCGCCAGGCAGAUGCUGGACGGGUACGCGGUCACCUACGCCUCCUCGGACGGCUCCUUCCGCCGCACCGACUUCGUGGGCCAGGGCCGCUCCUCACACCAGCUCCGGGCGCUGGCGGCCGGCCGCGCCUACAACAUCUCCGUCUUCUCGGUCAAGCGCAACGCCAACAGGAACGACAUCAGCAGGCCCGCGGCGCUGCUGGCCCGCACGCGACCCCACCCUGUCGAGGGCCUUGAGGUCACCAACGUGACGGCCAGCGCCAUCUCCGUGAGGUGGGCUCUGCACAGGAUACGUCACGCCACCGUCAGCGGUGUCCGUGUGUCCAUCCGCCACCCUGAGGCCCAAGAGGACCAGUUCUCUGAUGUGGACAAGAGUGUGGACACGUUCACAUUCGGGGCCCUGCUUCCCGGGAGGAGGUACAGCAUCCGGGUGACCACACUCAGCGGGCUGGGCGCACAGGAGCACCCCACCGAGAGCCCGGCCUCGGCGCCGCUGCACCUGUGGACCCGGCCUCUGCCACCAGCGAACCUGACGGCCACCCGAGUCACGGCCACCUCUGCCCACGUGGUCUGGGAUGCCCCCGCUCCAGGCACCUCGCUGGAGGCCUACAUCAUCAACGUGACCACCAGCCAGAGCACCAAGAGCCGCUACGUGCCCAACGGGAGGCUGGUGUCCUACACGGUGCGGGACCUGGUGCCUGGGCGGCGGUACCAGCUCUCCGUGACGGCCGUGCAGAGCGCGGAGGGCGGCCAGCUGCACAGCGAGCCGGCGCACCUCUACAUCAUCACCUCCCCAAGGGACAGCGCUGAAAGACGCUGGCACCGGGAAGGGCUCCACCCACGGGUGCUCAGAAACAGACCAGUCCCUGCGCGCCUGCCCGAGCUGCGUCUGCUCAGUGACCGUGGGGCCCCUGAACUGCCAACCCAGGCCCCCAGGUUCUCGGAGCUCGUAGACGGCAGAGGACGAGUGAGUGCCAAGUUUGGCGGCUCACCUGGCAAAUCGGUUACCGUGAGAUCCCAACCCACGGCUCCGGUGCAGCUGGAGGAUGCGCCCAAGCAGGCCAGCCUGGCCCUCCAGCGCCCCGAACCUGACGGUGACAAGGACGUGGGAAACACCCCUGGGAACUGCACAGAAAACCCCUGUCAGAACGGAGGCACCUGCGUGCGGGGCGUGGACGCACACAGCUGUGACUGCAGCCCAGGGUUCAAGGGCAGGCACUGUGAGCUCGUCUGUAGAAAGCUGCCCCAGCCCUGCACACGCCUGUUCUCAGAGACGAAGUCCCUGCCGGUCUGGGAAGGAGGCGUCUGUCACCACGUGUACAAACGAGUCUACAAGGUGCACCAGGACAUCUGCUUCAGAGAGAGCUGCGAGAGCACCAGCGCCAAGAGCACGCCAAGCAGGAAACCCAGCAACAGCCCGACACUGAGGACAGCGUAA